AUGGCAGGGGUAAGUGGAAGAUUGCUUGUAUAUAUAGCUCUGCUACUACUUUUGACGGAGGUCAGCGGCUUUCUGCAGGAAUUUUCCGCAGUUGCGGCUGCAACUUCAGAGAGUUGUCCCCGAUGUCAUCCCCAUACCACGGUGGCGCCCACUUCGCGCUUGGAGAAGACGCUAGAAAAGAAACAAGGGCAUGGGAAGCAUCACAGAAGCGAGCUUGCUCUUACCAAACUUUUUGUCAUUAACCGUCAUGGGCACCGCGCUCCGAAUGCACCCUAUUGGGAUUUUUGUCCUAACGAUCUAAAAAACCGGCGCAGAUACGAUGUGCACUCAGAGGAUGUCACGGGGCUGGGCAUGAAGGAAGAGUAUGAAUUGGGGCAAUACCUUCGGCGCAAAUAUGCCAGCUUCAUUGGUAAACGCUUUAACCGCACUUUACACUUCUUCCGUGCAGUGGGGGAGCCUCGUAUUUUGCAGUCCGCCGUGGCAGUCGCACAAGGGAUUUUUCCUGACGGUUUUGGCCCCGGUGCUUUUCUUCCCAAUCGACCGCAGUUUGUUCCUGUCUUCUCUGACAUGGACACACACGAGUACUUGCUGGACGAUGUGCCCUGCUUUAGGCGUGCGGAGAAAGAUGUGGAGCAGUGGGUCAAUAAAAGUCUUGCAGAGUUUGUUGCCGACGCGAAUGUCGCAAAUGUGUUACGCUACAUGAAACACGUAUGCGGGAAGCCCACGAAGGAACCACCUUCAUUGUUUGCCUACAUCAAAACUGUGGCUGAUGGCAUGAUAUUUAAUGGGGAUUAUGGCUUAAAGGUUUGUGGUGGUCGAGUUGCACCUGACAUGCUUUUUCAAAUCCGCAAUGUAUCUAUGCGGCUUCUCUUGGCACGACUUUAUAAUACAGAUGAACAAAAAACUUACACGGCUGUGGAUCUGCCGCACCGCUUACUUCGUAUGCUGGAAGGCAGUCAUCUACCGACAGAGAAGCAGAUAGAUGAUUUUGUAGACACACGACAGGAAUCUAUCUUUUACUUUCUUCAUCGUGAGGGGCUCUACGCACUUGCGGAAUUCUUUGGCUUCACGUACAAUGUUCCCUGCCUUCCGCGCAGUGAGCUUCCCGUUGCCUCUACACUUAUCGUUGAGAAGCUAGAACCGAAAGAGCUACUGCGUCUUGGAAAGAAGGGACCCGUUUAUGUGAAGAUCGUUCUGAAGACACCGUAUGACGGAACGAGCACCGUUGAGGUGCCGCAAUGUAAAGUGCCUCAACUAUGUCAAGUCCACGAGUUGCGGCGCAUCUACAAUCAACGUGUUGCCCGCACAGGGAGCUGGGAAAAGCUAUGCAACUACACCUACAUGGAAAUUGACCACCAUACGGACAUUCGCUAA